AUGCCCAUCAUUGACGAUGCUGCUAAACAUGGCUUGGUCAUCAACUUAGAAGACAUUUUCCAAAGGUUCACGUUUGAUUCUGCAUGCAUCUUGCUUACCGAUAAUGAUCCUAGUUGCCUUUCCCUUGAAGUCCCUCAAGUUCUUUUCUCCAAGGCCAUGGAUGAUCUGGAGCAAGCAAUAUUUUUUUGGCAUGUUAGACCACGAAGCUUUACUAAGUUGCAGAAGUGGUUGAACAUAGGACAAGAAGGGAAAUACAGGAAGGCAUGGAAAGUUCUUGAUGAUGUAUUAAUUGAAUAUAUAAGUCAAAAAAGAAAAGAAGUGAACAAGCUGAACCAAGAGUUGGUAUCAGUAGAUGGUAUGGAUCUCCUAACAUCAUACAUAACUGAAAAGGAAUCAACAGGUUUGAAAUGUGAUGAUAAGUUUUUGAGAGACACAGCUCUGAAUAUGAUAUUUGCUGCGAUGGCCUCGACGAGCACUGCUCUUACUUGGUUCACUUGGUUGGUUUCCAAGCAUCCAAUAGUGGAAAACAAGAUCAUAGAAGAACUUGAAUAA